GCCAUGUUAAUUUACGAACCUUCACGGCGCAUUACAGCAAGGGAUGCACUUUUACAUCCUUAUUUUUCUGAUUUAAACAAAUCUCUUGUGCCAGCAACUGGUGAAGAGUAUAUUGGUCUACCAUUAGACCAGUUACCGCGAGAAAUUGCUGCAGUGUUUCUUGCAGAUGCCGGUGGAGUAUAUCACAAUUUGAAUGAUAAUGAAAAUAAGAUCUGUAAAACGGUGCAACCCGGUACCAUAGAUUUGGGAAGUGCAGAGUAUCCUACAUCAAAGUAUCUAAGUGAUUGCCAGAAAGAAGAGCUUGAAAUGGUGGAUGUAAUAGAUUCGAAGCCUAGUCGUCAUGUGGCACCGUUGGCAGAUAAUCAUGAGACAAAUAUGUCAAUUGGCUAA